AAGAAGGAAUUGGCAACAGCAACCAGAACAGAAUCUUACUUUUUACUAUAUGUGCAGCGCACAACCUUGUUAUUACCAACACACACUUUCAACAACAACAACAAUAAUACAUUUAAAGCAUCAUGGAGGCACCCUCGGUUGAACCACUGGCACCUCUUAGACUAUGUAAUUGUCUGAGCAGAAGAUCACUGUGAUGUGCUCCUUACCAGAGCUAUGAUGAUGACGACUGCGGGACAGAUCAUCGAUUAAUACAUUCCACAAUGGCUAUCAAGAUUUUACCUAGGAAGGAAACUAAGGCGCAAAAUGAACCCUCAAGCCCUUCAAGAUCCCAUUAAGUGGCACUGCUUCCAAACGACUCUUAAGGACCAUCUGCUUUCAGAGUUCCCUGGUAACAUUGAGGAACACUGGGCCAACCUUAAAAAUUCCAUUAUUGCAGCCUGUGAACAAACUAUUGGAUACCAACCCAAAAAACACCAGGACUUGUUUGAUGAGAAUGACAGUGAGAUUGAACACAUUAUUGACAAGACAAAGGAAGGCCUUUCAGAUCUGGAGGUUUUUAAGUAGAUGGCCAUCUGUCAUGGAUGCUUUAGCUGAGAUUCCUGCAUUGCAGGGAGUUGCACGAGAUGAGGUCCCUUCCAACUUUACAAUUCUAAGAUUCUGUGAGAUGGAGGCGACUGAAAACAGCUUCAGCGUGGACUUGACCCUGGGGGAUCCCUUCUAUGAAUUGACAAGAUCACCAGCUGCAAAGGUGGGAGGAGGCGUGGCCUGAUGAUGCAGUCCCGGGAAUGCCCCGCCCACUUCCGACCUUGUCCUGGAGAGUCUCGGAGCCGCCGCCGCCGGCCGGUCCCGCUGCUUCGCCCGCCGCCUGCGCAGCCAGGAUCCUGCGCGCUGCCUUGGUCUGCAGAUCCCAGAAGCCGGCCUUUUCCUCCUCCGAGAUUCGAUUCCGAGCGAAGUCUGAGUAAGCAGAGCCGCAGCUGAGCCCUUCGAGCCGGGGCGAAGAGGACAGCUGGCCCAGGACCAGGCAGGUCCGAGUUCAGGACAUGCGGAAAGGUCUGGUGCUGCCUUGUUCCCAGUGAUGGAGUUGAGAAAUCUCGCAGGGCAAGCAAGACCAGCCAUGCCUACUCCGAGGAAAGCCCUAUCUGAGUGCAAUCCCUGGAACGUAAGUUGCGGACUGUAUGUUAGAGGUGAACAUUUUGCUGUGUGCAAAGCUGGGGGGAAAACACCAUUGAUUUAGAGUCCAAAACUGGAACUUCCAGACGCGUGCAGAGCGAUUUCACCUUUGCUGCUGAAAGGGCUGGUCCAACAUGUUUGCUUUGACCCUCGACUAGGAGGCUUUCUGUUCCUCCUUCCCCUUCCGGGUCUCCAGCUGUUUCUCUGCCUCUACCUCACGCCAGGACCAUCCAAAUCAUGCAUGCCUGGAAAGCCGUGGUCGGCACUCUGGCCUUCACAGGCCUGGAUGUGACAGUGACCACCUUGCUGUACAAACACAGCCGCAGUGGUGGCAGCUUCCUUCAGGAUCUGAAGCACUUCAACAUAUUCGACUCCAUGCUGGACAUCUGGGGGGCCUGCCUGUACCGGAGUUGUGUGCUUUUGGGUGCUGCCAUUGGGGUUGCGAGAAACACUAACUAUGGUCCCAAGCGCUUGAAAGGAUCCCGAAUCUUUAUCAUACUUGUCUGCCUUGCGGUGGGGAUUUACGCCCUGGUCAAGCUGCUGCUCUACUCGGAGGUGAGGAAGACCAUCAAAGACCCCUGGUUUUGGGGUUUGUUUGCCUGGACAUACGUGUCCCUGGCGGCCACCUUCUCCUUGUGGCAGCUGCUUUCUUCGGUGAGACCUGCCAGGGAGACUCUGGGAGUAAAUUCCGAAUCUAGGACUGAAGCAGAAGAAAUUGGGGAUCCAAGUUUGCCUGAUGCCCAGGAGAAGAAAGAGGAGGCAUCAGCAGCCACCAUUUGUAAGCUGUUGUCUUACACCAAACCAGAUGUUCACUUCCUUGUAGUGGCCUUUUUCUUCCUCUUAGUGGCUGCUUUAGGAGAGACAUUCCUUCCGUACUACACAGGUCGGGCCAUUGAUGGAAUAGUAAUCCAGAAGAGUAUGGAGCAGUUUUCCACAGCGGUGGUCAUCAUGGCCCUUCUGGCCAUAGGAAGUUCAUUUGCCGCAGGUAUCCGGGGCGGAGUCUUCACCCUCGUGUUCGCUAGGCUGAACAUUCGGCUACGCAACAGCCUGUUCCGGUCGCUGGUCUCACAGGAAAUGAGUUUCUUUGAUGAAAACCUGACUGGUGACAUUAUUUCCCGGCUGACGUCGGACACGACGAUUGUGAGUGACCUGGUGUCGCAGAACAUCAACAUCUUCCUGCGCAAUAUGGUCAAGGCCACGGGGGUGAUAGUUUUCAUGUUCAGCCUCUCGUGGCAGCUCUCCCUGGUAACCUUCAUGGGAUUCCCCAUAAUCAUGCUCAUGUCAGAUCUUUACGGGAAGUACUACAAGAAACUCUCCAAAGAGGUCCAGAAUGCUUUGGCAAAAGCCAACAACACCGCUGAGGAAACCAUAUCAGCCAUGAAGACUGUCCGCAGCUUUGCCAACGAGGAAGUAGAGGCGAACGUCUAUUCGGACAAACUGCAGCAAGUCUACAAACUCAACAAAAAAGAAGCCAUGGCUUACACCUACUAUGUGUGGUCCAGUGGGCUAACACUCCUCAUUGUUCAAGUCAGCAUUUUGUACUACGGAGGCCACCUGGUGAUCACUGACCAGAUGACCAGUGGGAACCUGAUAUCCUUCAUUAUUUAUGAAUUUGUCCUUGGAGACUGCAUGGAGUCUAUUGGUUCAGUCUACAGUGGACUGAUGCAAGGUGUUGGAGCUGCCGAGAAAGUAUUUGAGUUCAUAGACCGCAAGCCGACCAUGGUGCACGAUGGCACUCUGGCCCCCAACCAGCUAGAAGGCAAAGUGGAGUUCAGGAAUGUCACCUUUGCUUACCGCACUCGACCUGCAACCCAGGUCUUGCAGAAUGUCUCCUUCACGCUUCAUCCUGGGAAAGUGACUGCGCUGGUGGGGCCCUCAGGCAGCGGGAAGAGUUCCUGUGUCAGCAUCAUGGAAAACUUCUACCCACUUGAAGAUGGGCAAGUCCUGCUGGAUGGACAGCCUAUUAACAUGUACGAGCACAAGUACCUGCACUCAGUGAUAUCUCUGGUGAGCCAAGAACCGGUCCUUUUCGCUCGCUCUAUUGCAGAAAAUAUCUCCUAUGGCUUGGCCUCUGUCCCUUAUGAGUCAGUCGUUUAUGCUGCCCAAAAGGCCAACGCCCACACGUUUAUCACGGAAUUACAGGAUGGCUACCACACAGAAGCUGGUGAAAAGGGAACCCAGCUUUCUGGUGGUCAGAAGCAGAGAGUGGCUAUUGCGAGAGCUUUAAUCAGAAACCCACCAAUCCUGAUACUGGACGAAGCCACAAGUGCCCUGGAUGCAGAGAGUGAACAUGCGAUCCAGCAAGCCAUUUAUGGGGAUGUCCAGGGCCACACAGUGCUUGUCAUAGCCCACAGACUGAGCACUGUGGAGAAGGCACACAAUAUCAUUGUUCUCGACAAGGGCUGUGUGGUACAGCAAGGGACACACAAGCAGCUCAUGGAAGAAGGUGGCCUUUAUUACAAGCUAGUGCAAAGACAGAUUCUCGGCCAUGAGUCCGGCACGGGGGACAGCUGUCAGGAUGGCAGCUUGCCUGGAAUCCGGAGAGAGUCUUCAAAGACAGGACUGGCUGAAGAGUUCAGAGUUUGAUGUCAUGUGUGCCGGACUUGAAAAUUUUGAACUGCACAGAUGGGCUGUCAGCUGAGCUCAGAGGUGAAAGCACUAUGGAAUCCAAUUGGCAUCCCACUGGAAGAGUCAACCUCUCCUCUUUAGCACAGCUUCACCAAUGUUUUCUGACUGUUUACAGUGUUAUGCACUAAAUGUCCGGUGCACAUGACUCCCAGCAGGCAGUAUCCUGCUGAUCUGAGAGGAGAACCAGUGGGCCAACAAUUCCCACCACAGCCCCUGUGUUUUCUUUUCCCACUGAUACGCAUGCAAAACUUGCUGUUAUUUAUAAACGGUUGUUUCUUUUAGGUGCAUGGAAUUGUAUGGGAAGAAGGGUGAUCAGUUGAGGAUCUCUGAGGGUGAUUGUGUGGACUGGGAAAGGAAAUGUUGCCUUGGGACUAAGCCAGCAGUUGCUCUUUGGGAUCACUCCAGUGCCUGUAGAUACCUUUGCUAAUGCCAUGCCUCAAGUAUGGCACCCUCACUAAAACAGACAUUCUCUAGGGCACUUGGCUCAGGUUUUGACCAUCUUAAACCCCAAAAUUGCAAAAAUGACUAGUGGUUCUAGAUACCUCUGAGCUGAAGUGUGCAACUUAAUAUGGUGCCAUGUUCACAUAGUGAAUAAUAUGCAUGAUGGCUUUUUAGAAGUAAGGAAGCAUUCAGAACCAUUCCUUUGAAAAGCCAUGCUUCCAGUCCCCUAAGUGGCCCUGCAGCAGAUGGGGAUCAAUGGUGGAUUGUGUCCCUGGCCUACAGACAAUUACAUAUAUGAUAAUAAACCCUGAGAGGGAUUCUUCUUCCCUUGGUUAGCUAUUGAUAUUUGGAGGUGCACACUUUUAAAACAGAAACAACUUAAAUGGUUUAAAUAUAUGUUGGUACUUAUCAGUUGUUGCAUACUGUCAGUCUGUACCAACAUUUGCAGCGAAUAAGACAAUCCUGUUUUCAAAACUUUGUUUUUGUGAGGGCAGUCAAGGCUUUUUCAUUUGGUUUCAAUGCAUAAAGUCAGGCAGGAAACACCCCCCCCCCAAAAAAAAAAUCCACUGGGAAACUUUCCUACAUGAGUAAGAGCAGUGUACCAAUUCUUCUCUAUUUGUUUCAAUAAGGUUUGCAGAAGAGACCUUCCCAAUGGCUUGUCACCAGUUUUGUUUGGGGAAUCCCAACAAGAUCUUGUUCAAGGUAUGGGUUCUGCCAGCAAUCCCAAAUAACUGCUGGGGGCUGGGAAUCAUUUUUUACAUUCUUUAAUUGUCAGGCAUUGGUUGCCUGAAUUAUUCCGUUCAUUUUGUUGUUUGGUGUUGUGUUUUGUUGUUGUUGUAGCAAAGCAAGGGGGGGCAAGGAGGAAAUAUGUUAUACCUCCACUUUGCACUGCCUAAUUUGACCCAGUCGUUUUACAGUUUCAUAAAUGAUUUGGAAGAGCUCACAGGCAUCCAAAACUGUGCUUAAAGAGUCAGGUGGCAGGGUGGGAAAUUACCAAAAUAACUAGACUAUGAAUUGAGGAUUGAGCAAUUUUAAAAAUCUUUCUCUUUCAAGUCUCUCCAGUUGCACUCAGUUGCAAAAUAAGCUCAAGCACUUUAGCUCAUUUUAAUUCCUUUCUGAUAUUUUGAUGCUGCUGUGUUUUUGGCAGAUUUUUUUUUUUUGCUGUUGGCAAAUUAUAAAUAGUGAUGUUUUACAAACACUUUACAAAAUAAAUAAAGACUACCUCUGACACUCA